AAUGAGAUGUACAUGCAAAGUAGAAUGUUUGUUGAGGGAUUAUCACAAUAAAGUGUUAGUAGAUAUUAAGCACACAAUCUACUAAUACUCUAAAGAUUGGUAAUCGAUAAGGUGCAAAGUUAAUAAUAAUUUGUAAUUACUAGACAUGCCUGUUUCUUUUCUGAUUUAACAGUUCUCAAGCUCAUCUUUUUAUUUGAUUUAAUGUUGCAGCUCGAGAAAAAAAGACCACGUACGGAACUGAUGGAUUCCAACAAAGUCAGAGAACACUUGGCUUCAGUCUGUCAUGCAGCUUCACAGGAAUGUGCAGAGAAAUCGAGACUCAUCAGACCAGGCAACAUUUUUCCAGUUUGCUUGAGGAGGAUUUUGCAGGAAUAAACAUGGAACUGAAGGGCAGGCGUGUUUUAAACAAACAAGCUACCAACAAAGACUACAAGAACUCGGGCUAUGAUAAAGGACACUUGGCUCCAGUCUAUCAUGCAGAUUCACAGCCAUAUGCUAAUGCCACAUUCACUCUUACUAAUGCUGCUCCUCAACUCGGAUCUUUCAACAAACAAUGGUUCCAUAAGGUAGAAAGUAAUAUGGUGGAAACUGUGAAAAAACAUUGUACACAAAAUACUGCUCACAUUGUUACAGGAGUUGUUCCAGGUAUUGAUAAUAUUUUCAUUAACGAUAAAGUAAGAGUGCCUAGUCAUUUCUGGACUGCAUACUGUUGCAAGAAUCAAACAAACAAACUGAUCUCAGGGGGUGUCAUUGGAGGAAACUCUCAGGGCAGUACUAUCGACCCAAAGACUGUGAAAAAUUUAGAGACUGAUUUGAAAACUGGUUAUUCAGUUAGGUCUUUCCUUCUUUUUGAUAAUAAUUGCAGAGAUGCUGCCUAUGUUCCAGUGAUACCACAGUAAAUAAUUUUGUUGGCUUGGACAAAUUAAUUAAACUCAAACCAAUCAUUAAAUAUGGGCAAUUAGAAACACAACACACACAACCGUGUUAACACACAGUAUGUGCAUGUGUGUGCAUAUUUAAUCAUAAUUGUGCUGCUCCAUUUCAUACAAUCUGUGUAAAUGUUAUAAUAAACCAUCUGAUAUAUUUUUAAACAUUUGUGUUGACUAAAUGCUGUGUUUCAAAUUAAACAAGUGAUUCAAGUGAAAUUUUUAAUACAAUAUUUGUUAUGCUAAAUUUGUUCACAGUGAUUUUAAAUAUAAAAUUGUAAACUGGCAACAAUAAUAAACAUAUGAA